GACUUUAUACAACCUCAUUUCAAAAUGAAGGCUUUUAUUUGGACCCUAAGUGUGUUAUUCUUCCUACUAAUGGGCAUUGGACAUUGCAGAGGAGGACAGUUCAAAAUAAAAAAAAUAACCCAGAGGAGAUACCCUCGUGCCACAGAUGGUAAAGAGGAAGCAAAGAAAUGUUCAUACACAUUCCUGGUGCCUGAACAAAAAAUUACAGGGCCAAUUUGUGUCAAUACCAAAGGGCAAGAUGCAAGUACUAUUAAAGAUAUGAUCACCAGGAUGGACCUUGAAAACCUGAAGGAUGUGCUCUCCAGGCAGAAGCGGGAGAUAGAUGUCCUGCAGCUGGUGGUGGAUGUAGAUGGAAACAUUGUAAAUGAGGUAAAGCUGCUGAGAAAAGAAAGCCGGAACAUGAACUCCCGUGUUACUCAACUCUAUAUGCAGCUAUUACACGAGAUUAUCCGUAAGAGGGAUAAUUCACUUGAACUUUCCCAGUUGGAAAAUAAAAUCCUCAAUGUCACUACAGAAAUGUUGAAGAUGGCAACAAGGUACAGGGAACUAGAGGUGAAAUAUGCUUCCUUGACUGAUCUCGUUAAUAACCAGUCUGUGAUGAUCACUUUGCUGGAAGAACAGUGCUUGAAGAUAUUUUCCCGACAAGACCCCCAUGUGUCUCCUCCUCUUGUCCAGGUGGUGCCACAACAUAUUCCUAACAGUCAUCCGUAUACUCCUGGACUGCUGGGGGGUAAUGAGAUACAGAGGGAUCCAGGUUAUCCCAGGGAUUUAAUGCCACCACCUGAUCUGGGGACUUCUUCCACCAAAAGUCCUCUCAAGAUACCACCAGUAACGUUCAUCAAUGAAGGACCAUUCAAAGACUGUCAGCAUGCAAAAGAAGCUGGACAUUCAGUCAGUGGGAUUUAUAUGAUUAAACCUGAAAACAGCAAUGGACCAAUACAGUUAUGGUGUGAGAACAGUUUGGAUCCAGGGGGUUGGACUGUUAUUCAGAAAAGAACAGAUGGCUCUGUCAACUUCUUCAGAAACUGGGAAAAUUAUAAGAAAGGGUUUGGAAACAUUGAUGGAGAAUAUUGGCUUGGACUGGAAAAUAUCUAUAUGCUUAGCAAUCAAGAUAAUUAUAAGUUGUUGAUUGAAUUAGAAGACUGGAGUGAUAAAAAAGUCUAUGCAGAAUAUAGCAGCUUUCGCCUGGAACCUGAAAGUGAAUUCUUUAGACUACGUCUGGGAACUUACCAGGGAAAUGCAGGGGACUCUAUGAUGUGGCAUAAUGGUAAACAGUUCACCACACUGGACAGAGAUAAAGAUAUGUAUGCAGGAAACUGCGCCCACUUUCACAAAGGAGGAUGGUGGUACAACGCCUGUGCGCAUUCUAACCUAAACGGAGUGUGGUACAGAGGUGGCCAUUACAGAAGCAAAUACCAAGAUGGCAUAUUUUGGGCUGAAUACCGAGGCGGGUCGUACUCUUUGAGAGCAGUUCAGAUGAUGAUCAAGCCUAUUGACUGA